AACCCAAUUUAUUUCAGUCCCACCAUACGUUUCGUGCUAUGAGUUUCUGCUUCUCUAAACACUAAAUAAAUUCUCUGUUCCAUUCCCACCCUCUCAAAAUUGAAUAUAAAAAAGAAAAUCUCUCUUCUUUCUCUCUCUAAAACACUUCUCUCUCUAAAACACGUAGUAUGGAGGACAGCCCAUGUGAAAUUCAUCGAAAAAACUCAAACCCCACAACUGGAAUUCAAUAGAAACCAAAUCUGGUUUAGUUCUGUGGUUUGGCCCGUUUUCGUAUAGUAUGUGCACGAACGGUGGUUGUUAUUCGGGUCAGGACCCAUUUAAAGCAUUGAAACCGAUACCCAAGGAGAAAACCGGAGACAUGCUAACGACGUCGUUUAAGGGCUUCGUUGCCGUAAUCUUAACAUUCUCAAUUGCCCUCGCCAUCUAUUCCACUCUCCACAAAAGCUCCAGAUCCGAUUUCUUCCCCUGGUCGGAUCUCCCAAACCCGACCCUGUACAUGGCCCAUCUAAUCUCCGACCGAUCCCCCACAAACAUCUCCCACAUAGCCUUCGGCAUAGCCGGCUCGACCGAGACCUGGGAGAAACGGGUCAGUUACUCGGAUCUAUGGUGGAAGCCCAACGCCACCCGCGGGUUCGUAUUCCUGGAGAAGAAACCCGACCCGAAGACCCCGUCGAAAAUUCAGCACCGGGUUUCGUCCGAGUGGAGGAGGUUCGGGCACUCGAUCGGGUCGGACUCGGCGGUCCGGAUAGCGCGGGUGGUGGUGGAUUUGUUCCGGGCCGGGCUUCCGAACGUGAGGUGGCUGGUGAUGGGAGACGACGACACGGUGUUCUUCCCGGAGAAUUUGGUGGCGGUGCUGGGGAAGUACGACCACCGGGGGAUGGUGUACGUCGGGGAGAACUCGGAGAGCGUGGAGCAGGACGUGAUGCAUGCCUACGAUAUGGCGUUUGGCGGCGGAGGCUUCGCGAUCAGUUACCCACUAGCGGCGCACCUCUUCACCGUGAUGGACGGCUGCCUGAAUAGGUACCAUUAUUUCUACGGCUCUGAUCAGAGGGUUUGGGCUUGUGUAGGAGAAGUCGGUGUGGCUCUCACUAGAGAAUCCGGUUUUCACCAGAUUGAUAUAAGAGGCAAUAUAUUCGGGCUCCUAGCGGCACAUCCGGUGGCACCGCUCGUUUCACUUCACCACCUCGACUACGUGAAGCCCAUAUUUCCAAACAAGACUCAGCUUGAGUCACUAUCGGCCCUAAUGAAAGCAUACGAACUAGACCCUUCUAGAACACUCCAGCAAUGCUUUUGCUACCAUCACGGUUAUAAAUGGUCCGUCUCGAUUUCUUGGGGGUACUCGGUGCAAAUAUACCCCACACUAAUUCCGGCCAAAGAAUUGGAGAUGCCUUUGCAAACUUUCCAAACGUGGCGGAGCUUUCAAAACGGCCCUUUCACUUUCAAUACCCGUACUAUGAGCUCCGAUCCUUGCCAACAGCCCGUUGUCUUUUUCUUGAAUGAAACGGAGAUUGAAUCUUCUGAUGCUAACGAAACGGUUACAACUUACGCGAAUUUUGCUCCAAAUUUGGAAAAGAAUUGUAAUAAGGAAUAUUCCCGUGCUAUGGCUAUUGAGAAAAUUGUCGUCUCGGCAUCGAAAAUGGAUCCGCAGGAGUGGAAGCAGAGACCACGGAGACUUUGUUGCGAUAUUGAAGGAGGUUUCGAACAUGGGACGAUGAGAAUUAGAAUUAGGAGAUGUAAAGAUUCGGAGACGAUUACUAUCUGAGGUUAGAUUUGUAAAUAAAUUAGAUUAUUCUUCGGCCGUAGAAACGUUCAAUGAUUUUGCAAUGAUAGAGAUGUUAAUCAUACCCUAAUUAAAAGAGCUUAAUUUUGGUUAAGAAAAAUACGAAAAGUUUUAGUGUAUUUACAUACUAUCUUCAUGUUGAACAUUGUGAA